AUAAAUUCACGAGAUGAAGGAAGAUAAUAAAAAAGGCAGUUGAGAAUAGCUAAGGCUUAUCGCAUGUUUGCUUCACGCAAGCAGCUAAAUGGGGUUUGCUGCAUCGCGUGGCUUUAAAGGUUUUAUCUACUGUUUAAAUCCCAAUCCCAAUAUCACCCCCACCAAACCCUAAACCCACCCCUCCUUUUCUUCUUCUUCGUCUUCUUCUUCUUCUUCUUCCUCUUCUCCUUCCCGUAAACCCUAAUUAUGUGAAGAAAAACAACAAACCAAAACCGCCCCAGAAACAGUAAUUAAGAUGAGUGCAAACACUACUAGUAGCAGUGGCGGUGGUGGUGGCGGUGGCGGUGGAAGCACCAGCGGCGGAGGCGGUGGUGGUGGGCCUUGUGGGGCUUGCAAGUUUCUAAGGAGAAAGUGUGUGGUGGGAUGCAUAUUUGCACCUUAUUUUGAUCCGGAGCAAGGAGCAGCCCACUUUGCGGCGGUGCACAAGGUGUUCGGAGCCAGCAAUGUUUCCAAGCUGCUUGGCCAUAUCCCCGUCCACAAACGCCUCGAUGCGGUGGUCACUAUAUGCUACGAGGCUCAAGCUCGGCUCAGAGACCCUGUCUACGGCUGUGUUGCCCACAUAUUUGCCCUCCAGCAACAGGUGGUGAAUUUACAAGCGGAGCUUUCGUAUUUACAAGCCCAUCUGGCAACCUUGGAGCUACCAUCACCGCCGCCUCCCCCGCCUCCGCCACCUCCGGUGAUGGUAACGCCGCCUUCGCUCUCAAUCUCCGACCUCCCCUCCGCCUCCUCCAUGCCCCCAACCUACGAUCUCUCCUCACUCUUCGACCCAAUGGUGCAACCCUCAUCAUGGCCCAUGCAGCAGCACCGUCAAAUAGACCCUCGUCAGUUCGGUGGCUCCAGAGGUCCGACCGACGUCCCCUCGACCGCCGGAGGAUCGGGCGGCGGUGACCUUCAGGCGUUGGCACGUGAGCUCCUCCACAGACAUAGCUCUGCAUUGGGGGGUCACGUGCCGUGCACUGAAUCCUCGAUGCCUCCAUCUAUUUCGAAAUGAGACUGACCGAUUAACUGGUACUUGCCCCGGAAUCGAAUGCGGUUCGGGUUCCACUGAGUGAGGUUUUUUUUCUUCUCAUAAUUUUUAUUGCCAAUGGGGCGAGUGAUUGGAAUAACUGAUAUUUAUAUAUUUUUUUUGUCCUUUUAUUUAUUCCUUUUUUUAAACCCUAGUGAAAUUCAAAAGUAGGUUAUACAUUUA